CUCACUGAGGAGUUCUACGUCAGACUUCGUCACGUGUGGACGUCUCUCUCUCGCCUGAGUAUCACUGACAAAUUUCCCCCGUUCUCUCUGGAACGCUUGUCGUCAUCCAUUUCACCCGAGGGGCACCUGUUCAUCAGCGUACUUUUAUCCAGCUCCAUUUUUUCCGCUCUGCGGAAAAUUCUUUAACGGUCUUUGAUGGGAAGCCAUUUAUUGAACUCAGGUGGGAGUGUUGGCGUCCCUCUCUGCUGGGCCUUGGCAAGGUGGUCCACCGGAUCUAAUUGGAAACUUAAGUUUCUGUCUCUGUUCACAAAGGAACUUGUGUUAUUUUCUCUCAUCGCCCAACCUUGGGCAACAAUUUUUCCUGGUACCAUCGAGAAGUCUGACUCGAUACAACGUAUGCUGACAGUGGCACUGAUAAACCCAACACAGAGAGAAAGAAGCCUUACUGAGGGAAGAAUUCAAGAUGCCUCCCACAGAGAAGACUCAGAAAAAGAAACAUCCUUCAUUUUUUGAGAAAAUGAAGCGUCUCCAGCAGGAAUACCUCCGCAAGGACUUCAUUGUUAGCCUCAUCGUCGAUCCUAAAUAUUUUUGGUUAUCAGCUAUUGUGUUUUUAUUGGCAGAGAUAGUUGUAAAUAUUUUGAUCAUCCAGAGAGUUAAAUAUACAGAAAUCGAUUGGGUUGCAUACAUGCAGGAGGUGGAGGGCGUGGUGAAUGGAACAUGGGAUUACACUAAGUUGCGUGGUGACACGGGACCUCUUGUUUACCCAGCAGGUUUUGUGUAUCUGUUCAUGGGACUGUAUCACCUUACAAACACAGGCACUAACAUCCGUCUGGCACAGUACAUUUUUGCUGUGUUCUACAUCAUUACCUUGAUGCUAGUUUUCAGAAUGUUUCACAAGAGCAGAAAGUUACCACCAUAUAUGCUGAUAUUUGUGUGUUGCACAUCAUAUCGAGUCCACUCUAUAUUUGUGUUACGCUUGUUUAAUGACCCCGUGGCUAUGAUGUUGCUUUAUGCAGCCAUGAAUCUCUUUAUUGAUGGCUAUUGGUCUCUGGGAAGCCUCAUUUACAGUCUAGCAGUGUCCAUUAAGAUGAACAUCCUGCUCUUUGCUCCAGCUUUGCUGUUGGCUUACGUCCACUGCCUUGGCUUAAUGGGUACACUCAAGCAACUUGUCAUAUGUGCAGCAGUUCAGCUGGCAUUAGGUGCACCAUUCCUCCUUGCGAACCCAGUAGGGUACAUAAAAAUGUCUUUUGACAUUGGGCGCGUUUUCCUUUUUGAAUGGACUGUCAACUGGAGGUUCUUACCCGAGGAAAUAUUUGUAAAUCCUUGGUUCCAUGCACUGCUGUUGCUGAUACAUGUGGCCCUGCUCAUCAUCUUUGCCAUGACUCAUUGGAAUAGGUACUUAGCAAACUUUGCCACUAUCCAAAGCAUUGGCAUAGAUGCAGACAUGGGGUGUCAACUCUUCAUAUUGCCCAUGUUUGUCAGCAACUUGAUAGGGAUGGCAGCAAGUCGUUCUCUUCACUACCAGUUUUAUAUAUGGUACUUCCACACCCUGCCCUAUAUGCUGUGGUCUACACGCUUCUCUCUCAUGUUCAGAGUGUUGGUGCUUGGAGUUAUUGAGUUGUGCUGGAACACUUACCCAUCUACAUGGUGGAGCUCGGCCUUGCUCCACUGUUGUCACCUCACCAUCCUAGCUGGCAUCUUGUACAACCGGCCGACAGAUAAACGAACUGAGAGACUUAAGAGAGCAUUAGAAAAGAAAGAUUAGAAAAUUUGUUUUGUAUACAUCAUAUUCCAUUGAAAAUGUUGUUGUGGAUGAUUUAUACUCUUUCCAUGAUACCUGAAACUGUUAAAUUGCAAUAAUGAAUGGUACUAUUGAAGGAUUGUAUUUCAUUAUUGCUUAUGCUACUAUCUAUGAAAUACGAGGUAUGAAAAUAUAAUGGAAGAAAAAAGUAUAUCUAGUUAGUUUGUCACUUAAACUGUGGAGCUCAGUAAGUGUAUAUCUCUUUCAUUCCAAUGACAUUAGCUCACAGUAUCUGCUACCAAUGAAUGAAAGAGAUGAGAAGAUAGGUGGCCAAAAGUGAAAAUGGAAGAAAAAUGUAAAUUGCUUAGAAGAGACUGAACUUUGUGUAGUGCCUUAAGAGUUAUGUGAAGGUGGUAUGAUAUAAAGAAACCUGCAAGAAUCCUGGUAGACAGUGGGAAAUUAAUUAUUUGGUUUACUGUAGAUAACUGUCAUUCUGGCUUCAUUUCAGACAUUUUCUGUAAUGCUGGAUGUACCUACUUUGUCCACCCUCUUUAAUGGUCUCACUUUUGUUUCAGAUACACUGUGCUUUCCUAACUGACACCAGUUUGCUUCAUUAACUGUAGCCUUCAUCUUCUCAGCUGAUGUUCUUUCCUCAGCACCUCUACUUCUCUUCCCACCCCUCCAUCUCCUUACCAACCACCAGGCAUCAUUGUAUGAUCCUUAUGUAUUUCACAUUUUCCAUGACUAUACAAUAAAUCCUUGACUUAAGGGACCUUGAUUUAACAGACUUGAGAAAUAUGGGAGAAAAUCUGUUGGGUCAUUUGAUUUGGAAAUGAUAAUUGAAGUCUGUUCAUUACAAAUGUGUCAGUGUUACAGUCACAGCAAAACAGUCUCAUCUCUAUCCAUCACGAUUAUCAUUACCAGCCACCUGAUCCCAUCUGUUAGUCCGUUAGAUCAAGGGUUUACUGUAAUGAUAAUGUGCUUAGCUGUUAUAUGGUUUACUUUUUCAUAGACAUAAGAAUGUUUUUUUGCUUUCUGCAUUUUAGCUUGCUUUUUCUCCUGCAUGUUUGACAGAUUUAAAUAGAGAAUGCUUUAUUUCUAUUAAUAGUAAUUUUAUCUGAAAAUAGUGUUUUGAGUUAAGUUGGUAAUUGCAUUAUAUUAUUUUUAAGAUUGUGCAGUAAAGAACAUUGUUUCACAGAGUAUAGUAUAUCUUUUUCUUUCACAUUGUAAAACUACAAAUGGAGAGGAUGACUAUGAAUGUAGCAGUGUGAAAUAGGGAAGUUCAUGAGAAAAGUUGCAUUGUAAAGAAAGGGGUAGAAGUGUGUGUUUAAGUGUUAGUGUUUAGUGCUGAGAAUUGUCUGGUGUUCAGUGUAGCAAAGGGAAAAUGUAUUCAGCAUACAGUACAUACUAGCUGUUUUUUCAGCUCCUGUUUACUUUGUGAUAGACUUCAACUCAUUGAAGGGCUCCUGAUCAAGCCUGUACUUUUCCGUCCAAGUUGACUUACUGCCUUAUCACUGUGAAUGACUAGUGAAUCACUUAAUUCCUGCCAGUAGUUGUCUGAUGAUAUUAUACUACUGAGAUAUACUUCCAUACACUGCCAUGUGUUAUUAAAGUGCAGUAAUUUCUUUUGCUUUGGAAAUAUUGUGUACCACUUAAAAUUCGUCACACGUUUUUCAAAUAGAGCCUAAAAUUGUGUCCAUGGCAAGAUGGAAACAACACUAUUUAACAUGUUUGUUGUUGAAGGGCAAAUUAAAAUUAUCAAUACACAGCAUUUGUAAGGCAAUAUGAACUCAUAUGCUUUGUAUCAGUUUGAAGUACAUGAGUGCAGCUAAGUAGUAUGUCUGUUUCACAGUUAUUGUGGCAGAUGGAGUAUUGAGUUUCCACUACUGAAUGAGCUGAAUGACUGAUUGGGAUCCAGCAUUUCGCUUUUAUUUUUAACACACUGGCUUUCUCUGACUGAAGUAGGGGUAAUGCAUUUACCUCUAGCACUAUCUAUAAUUUUUUUUUUUUUUAAUCGGCAAUUUUCCACAAAGGCAUGGUGACCUGAAAAAGAAGAAACUUCCAUCAUCACUCACUCCAUCACUGUCUUGCCAGAGGCACUGAUACUACGGUUAGAAAACUGCAACAUAUCUCCACCCCUCCUACUUACACUAAGGUCAGUAGGUCACACUACAUAUAAUUGUACGCGUUUAUGUAUACACACCCACCUGAAUUUUUUUCUAUUUUCCUAAUAGUUCCUGUUCUUAUUUAUUUAUUUUCAUUUCCAUGGGUAAGUGAAAAAGAAAUUUUCCUCCAUAAGUCAUGCGUGUCAUAAGAGGCAACUAAAAUGCCAGGAGCAAGGGGCUAGUAACCCCUUCUCCUGUAUAAAUUACUAAAUGUAAAAAGAAUUUUUUUUUUUUUGGGUCACCCUGCCUUGGUGGAAGAUGGCUGAAGUGUUUUUUUUUUUUUUUAAUGUUGGCCGUUUCCCACCGAGGCAGGGUGACCCAAAAAGAAAGAAAAAACUUUCAUCUUUAACACUUUCACCAUCGCUCAUAUAUUGUAUAAAUCACUGUCUUUGCAGAGGCGCUCAGAUGCAACAGUUUAGACGUCCCUCCAAACUGCCAAUAUCCUAAACUCCUCCUUUAGAGGGCAGGCAUUGUACUUUCCAUUUCUAGGACUCAAGUCUGUCUAACCAUUUUCCCUGAAUCCCUUCACAAAAUAUUACCCUGCUCACACUCCAAUAGCUCAUCAGUUUCCAAAAGCAUUUGUCUCUAUUCACUCCUGUCUAACACGCUCAUGCACACUUGCUGAAAGUCCAAGAUCCUUGUCCACAAAACCUCCUUUACCCCCUCCCUUCAACCUUUUUGGGGAGGACCCCUACCCUGCCUUCGUUCCCCAAUAAAUUUAUAUGCUCUCCAAGUCAUUCUACUUUGUUCCAUUCUCUCUAAAUGACCAGACCACCUCAACAGCCCCUCUUCAGCCCUCUGACUAAUACGUUCAGUAACUCAACACCUAAUUUCCACACUACGAAUUCUCUGCAUAAUAUUUACACUACACAUUGCCCUUAGGGACGACAUCUCCACUGCCCCCAGCCGCCUCCUCGCUGCAGCCCUUACAACCCAUGCUUCACACCCAUAUAAGAGUGUUGGUACCACUAUACUCUCUUACAUUCCCUUCUUUGUCUCCGUGGAUAACUUUCUUUGUCUCCACAGAUAUCUCAGUGCACCACUCACCUCUUUUCCUUCAUCAGUUCUGUGAGUUACCUCAUCCUUCAUAAACCUAUCCACUAGUCAGUCAACUCCCAAAUAUCUAAAAACAUUCACUUCUUCCAUACUCCCUCCCUCCAAUGUGGUAUUCAAUUUUUCUUUAUCUAAAUCAUUUGAUACUCUCAUCACCUUAUUCUUAGCUAUAUUCACUUUCAACUUUCUACCUUUACACUCCCUCCCAAACUUGUCCACUAAUCUUUGCAACUUUUCUUUAGAAUCCCCCAAAAGCAGAGCAUCAUCAGCAAAAAGUAUUUAAUUCCCCAUAAUUUAAUCCCACCUCUCCCAACACCCUAGCACUUACUUCUUUUACAACCCCAUCUAUAAAUAUGUUAAACAAUCAUGGUGACAUAACACAUCCCUGUCUAAGACCUAACCUGAAUCUCACUAUCCUCAUAAAGACUCUUUACAGCAUUUAGUCACUUAUUACCUAUUCCACACACAUAUUCCAUGCAUUUUUUUCUUUUUUAAUAAGUCGGCCAUCUCCCACCGAAGCAGGGUGACCCAAAAAGAAAGAAAAUCCCCAAAAAGAAAAUACUUUCAUCAUCAUUCAACACUUUCACCUCACUCACACAUAAUCACUGUUUUUGUAGAGGUGCUCAGUAACCUACCUCCUGUACCAUACACCUGCAACAUCUGCCACAUUGCCCCCCUAUCCACCCUGUCAUAUGCCUUUUCCAAAUCCAUAAAUGCCACAAAAACCUCUUUAGCCUUAUCUAAAUACUGUUCACUUGUAUGUUUCACUGUAAACACCUGGUCUACACACCCCCUACCUUUCCUAAAGCCUCCUUGUUCAUCUGCUAUCCUAUUCUCCGUCUUACUCUUAAUUCUUUCAAUAAUAACUCUACCAUACACUUUACCAGGUAUACUCAACAGACUUAUCCCCCUAUAAUUUUUGCACACUCUUUUGUCCCCUUUGCCUUUAUACAAAGGAACUAUGCACGCUCUCUGCCAAUCUCUAGGUACCUUACCCUCUUCCAUACAUUUAUUAAAUAAUUGCACCAACCACUCCAAAACUAUAUCCCCACCUGCUUUUAACAUUUCUAUCUUUAUCCCAUCAAUCCUGGCUGCCUUACCCCCUUUCAUUUUACCUACUGCCUCAAGAACUUCCACCACACUCACAACUGACUCUUCCUCACUCCUACAAGAUGUUAUUCCUCCUUGCCCUAUACAUGAAAUCACAGCUUCCCUAUCUUCAUCAACAUUUAACAAUUCCUCAAAAUAUUCCCUCCAUCUUCCCAAUACCUCUAUAUAAUAAUUUACACCAGAUUAAGAACAUCUCUAUGAAUCCACUACAAAAGUACAGUAAUACAUUUAACCAUUUUUGUCAUUUAACUUUUUCCUAUGAAGUUUACCCUUUAGAUUGUGAGUGCUGUCUAGAAUUAGAAUUUUAUUUACAAAGAAUGACAAUAACAGUUAUUGAACUCCCAGUAGAUGUCUUUCAGUUACUGCAUGAUCCAAGAAGAUUUUUCCUGUAUCCCAUAGGCACAGCCAGCUCCACCUUCAAAUUUGCAAUAAAAAAUAAUAGAGUGCAGCGGUGACCCAAAAAAGAAGAAACACUUUCAUCAUCACUCACUCCAUCACUGUCUUGCCAGAGGCAGGCUGACACUACAGUUCAGAACUGCAAAUAUCCUCGCCCUUCCUUCGGAGAUAGGUUGUCACCCUGCCGUGGUGGGAUAUGGCCGUUGCUUAAAAAAAAAAAAAAAAAAAACUUCACUCAUGGUCGUCUACGUUAUAGUUAUUGUUGGUGGUCAGGCAAGGAGCAGAGAGGUAGCUGACCCCUGGGCAUGGACAGGAAGAAAGGUGAGAUCUGUUCAGCUGCAAUUCCUUGCAUUUUACAGCUAAAUCUUGUUUAGUUCUCAGGUGUUGACUUUUUUUUCUUGGGUCAGAUGAGCAAUGCUUAUAUGGUGGUACGUACUGUGAUUUGCUUGGGCUUAGCAGCUGUAGUUUGGUAGAAAGCACCUUGUGUCAGGCAGUUGGAAUAUGAUGACAAAUGAAUGAUGUGGGAAUGCAUACUAUUUUAGAAUAUUUUGUUCUACUGUAGUUGGUUUAUUUUUCUCAGCUUUUAUAUAAUUUUGUAUCUUAACAUAUUCUGCUGUUAAACUUAGCAUUGUUAUGCCAUAUUCUGUCUGUUACCCUGUUGAGUGUGAGAAGGUGUGGAACUGCAAUUGUGAUCAUAGAAAGGUGUAGUAAUUUUAAUUCUGUAUGUUAUGUUACUUGUUAUCUUCAGUUAUCUUGGCUGUUAUGCUAGGGUAUUAUAGCAGGGUAUUUAUAGCAGUGAAAAUAAAACAAUAAAAGAUU